CGGCUGAAUACUAUCUUUUCAAUUUUUAAAUGGUGCUGUAGUAAAUUUACUGUUGCCUGUCUACCGAGACGACGAUAGGAUAAUCGGUAAGAUGGCGAAAAGAGGUCGUCCCCGGAAAAAAGAUAAUUUAAAAUCUCCUCCAAAUACUUCUGAUUCAAGGAAACCAUGAGACGAUACUAACUAUGGACCCGAAUAGGUGGCCUCCGUACAGCCAGCAACCGUAUUCUCACCUGACCAGUGAAUCACCGCACCUUCCACUAUCUUCAACUCAUGAAGAUUCUUUAAAUACCUAUGGAACUAACAAUUCUAACAGUAUGCUCUUUUCAACUAGUCAAAACAUGCAACCUCACUCUUCAUCGAGAUCAUAUUCUAGUGCUAACCAUGGUCCAGCAAUGUUGCCAAACUCACAUUACGAACCACUCGCUAAUCCUCAUCCGUCUAAAGAAACUUCCAAUUUCUAUAAUGAAAAUAUAUUCAAUGGUGUUUGCAGGGAAAAUCAGUCUAGAAUGCACCAUUUUCCACGACAUCGGAAUGAAGAAAAUGGGAUGGCAGGGUCCGAUGGUGCCAGUCGGUACUCGCAUCCGACUCCUUCGCAUUCGAACCUUGAUCAACCCUCUCUGGGUCCUUUUGGUGAACUCCCUCACCAAACUAUAAGACAUCGGGUGAAUCGUUUUGAUCCAAACAAUGAAACUUUUUUACCACCCGUUUCAAAGCAAGCUGCACCCUCGACAUAUAAUAAUGGACCUCAUAAUGACCGAGAAAUGACUGUUUAUUCAUCUGCUCCAUUGUCUGUGCAGUCGGCCUACUCGGGUGAUACUUCUUCCCUAUCCCCUGCUUUGAACUCUGUCAAUUCACCGAGUGAAUACUAUUCCAGUCCACAAAAUAAUUAUGGAGCUUAUAGUUCUUUACAAAGCCCUGCGCCUAAUAGCCCUUCUGUUACUCAACAGUCAUACCCAUCAUCUCCAUAUGGUAACGUUGAUCCCAAUCUUACACUGCCGCCAUGUUCCCCUAUGAAUGGGGGAAGUUAUUCUGUUACUCGAAGAACUAUUCAAAAUCACCAGCAUAGUCCCACUAGUAGUGCUGUUAUGUGUUAUAAUUCUACAUCACAUGCACAAUCCACUGUUCAUCAUGGAUCACAGUCUAUGGUUCUUAAAAAUGAAUAUCCAACUGAUUAUAGUGGAUAUACUCAAGAAAGACAUUCAUCUUAUUCAUCAGUGUACCCAUCAAUGCACUCAGGCCAAGUCUCUGGGGGAAACAGUUCUAGAAUACCCUCAAGGACUCAUUCUUAUUCAAUGCCUCCCGACCGAAGAUCCCGCUAUGGGCAACCUUAUCCAUCGUCUCCAGCUGUUUCAAGUCCGCAUUAUAUGCAAAAUGAUAGUCAUGAUGUGCCAUAUGGAACCUAUUCCUCUAGCAUUUCCCCUGUACAACCUAUGCAACCAUCUAGAUACAGAAAUUCUUCUGCCUUGAAUUCAUAUAGAACUUAUUCCCAUCAUCCUACUCUUGUGCCCGUUGUGUCAAAUCACUAUGAAAAUUACAACUCUUAUGGCUGUUCAUCAUCCAGUGUAGUUGAUGACAGUAAGACUUCAGAUAUGUACAAUUCACCCCUUGAACCUGGAUCUAAUGUUCAAGAACAGAAUAACACUUUCUCCAAUUAUGACCUUGGUGUUUUAGAUUCAGAAAUUCUUCUUACCAGACAAACUAGGCAGCCUAAGGGUGAUGAAUGUCCAUUAAAACAACCGGUUAAACUAGAGAGUGCAAACAUGACUGUCAAUCAUCGUCAGUCGAGUGAAUACGAUGAACCUUUUCCUUCUUAUGAGCCACUCAACAUGAGGGGUCUGUUUCAUUCCCCUAGAAGAAGGGGUCGAAGAGGCAGAGGUCGUAGAGGAGGAAGAUUCCCACUAAGUCAAAGAAAAUACGGCACCGGACGACGAGGUCGUCGGCCACGACUCGCACCCGUCUUCGACGACUACGAGUAUGUCGAAGAGUCCUACCCUAGUCAUGUAUAUAUGGAACCAGAGUCUGUGGCACCCAUGCGAUUAGAAUAUAAGCAAGAAAUAAUUGAUAUGGAAGAAUGCUACGAACCACCCUGUCCUCGAACCAUUUUCGAGGACAGGAUCGGGAGGCCACUCUCUAUCGAAGAGGAAUUGAACUUUCUGUUAAAACUUACUUUUAACCAUACUAGUCGUAGGACAAGAAGUAAUGUUCGAAAAGACACAGACUAUCAAAAGAGAUUCCUCACGUUUGCCAGAAAGAAUUCAUGUGAUAAUUACUCAUUUAAUCCUAGUUCCUCUGAGCUUAAUAUCAAAGAAGAGCGCAAAGAGCGAGAUAGAAUACAUUUAAAAAUUUCUAAGCGCGGUCGUGAAGGAGGUUGGUGGGAGUGCAAAGAUAUGAGUGAAAGUGCCUCUGGAUAUUCCAUAUUGUCUAGUCAUCAAAUCAAAAGAGAAUAUGAUUCUAGGGAGAAAAGCAAACAUACAGGCAAACUGAAAAUAAAGGCGGAUGAAAAUGAACAAGAAUUGUUGACCCCCAACAUUCCAAAGAAGCGUGGAAGAAAGGCUAAAACGCCUGUAACUACCGAUCCACCUGAAUCGAGUAAAAAUGAAGACCUUGAAUCAGAGUCGGUAAAAAAUUCUGAUUUAUCUCCUAUUGUAAAAGAAGAGGUGGCAGCACCUUUAGCUGAAAACGAUCAGAUUGACAACUCUAAACUUGAGGGUGAUAGACUGUCAUCUUUGAGACGUAGGAAAGGUGAAAAUUUAGUUAUAGAUCCAGAACCUGGGCCCUCACAGAGAAUAGACAUUGCCGAAUUUGAAGAUGAAUUAUUUGAUGAUAAUUUAGAUGAUUUUAAUUUAGAUGAUUCAGACUCCGAUCCGACAUGGACUGGAUCAGUUUCAAAAAAUGCAGAUCCUCUUUUAAAACGAGAUGUUACAAAGCAAGCUCCCCCUGUUCCUUCAAGUGGUAAAAAACGAGGUCCCAAACCUGGUCAUAAGCUUUCCAUCAAGAAUAGUCAUUCAAGUGUCUCUCCACCCCCUAAGAAGAAAAAGAGUGUUGAUUAUAGAAAGAAAGAUGACGAGAGGGUCGUUCCAUCAAUCACUAUUGUCAGAGCUAAACCAUCAAUAAAAAAGGAAAAAGUCAAAAGAGAACCGCCAAAAAUUGACUUGCCAAAAAAAGAAAAGAAAAAGAAGGAACCUUCGAGCAAAAAAUUAAAAAAGGAGAAAUUACCACCUCCUCUGGACCAUUUCCUAAUUGCCAAAUCAGAUUUAGACCAUGCUACACCAUACAUUUGGAAGAUAGACAAAAAGACUCAUAUGUUACAGCGGUUUGAAGUGGCAGAGCAAAAUGGAGUGCUAAUAUAUCAAAGCUCUCUUACUUAUGCAGCUUGGAAUGAGUAUUCCUGGUCUCAUUAUGUGUCAGCUAAAGUGGAAAUCAUAUCUCGCACAUCUGUCUUAUAUGUUGUCAAGUUCCUGGGUCCUGACCUCUCCCUCCCUGUUGAAAGUACUUUCCAUUCUUCUGCAAUUAAGAAAUCUGAAAUUGCACCAAAGGAACCCGAGUACGUCAUCGAGGAUGAUUCUUCUGUGGGAGAAAGUUGUGAGCCGAAAGAAGAAGAAAAUUUUGACCACCUAAAAGAAAGUUUUGACAUCUUCCUACAGAGUUUAAUUAGUCAAGCUGUCGAUUCUAGCUUUUUAUCAGAAAUUCAUCGAGAAAAAGAUGAGUAUUUCUUAAAUAGCAUCAAGGACAUAGAAUCAGUCACAGAUUCUAAAAAGUCCAAGAUGGCGAGAGACUAUUGGGAGGAAGAAUUGAAAUCAAGUGCAACUACUUAUCCUUGUAUCAAUGUUCUGGACAGUGUCAUGGAACAAGAACAUUGCCAAGUGUGCAAGAAGAGGAAAGGAAUAAAAUUAUUGCAAUUUUAUGGACAACUGUAUGAUUCUGACACCCUGUGUUCGAUCAUCCAGCGAUCAUCAACUAAUAAAACACAAUUCUUUGUUUGUUCUAAAUGUGCCACUUCUGUUUCACUCUAUAACCGUCUUCACCAUCAGAAAUAUAAUUUCUUCAUCAAAUGUAGGACAAAGAUGAAUGAAGUUAGAGGUAACAGAGAAAAACUAGAAUCUCACACUUUAUUGGGUGAUUGUUUAGAAGAUCAUGUAUGGGUUAAUUCACUUUUCGAUGAGUUGGUUCAACUUUGGCGUGAAAGUGAGAGAAGCAGCUGACAUAAAAUGGAAAAAGCCCACACCUCAGCCUGAACACUUCAGCUGUCUUGUGGUCUAUAAUUAUACAGUCUCUAUUCCACCAAAAUAACUACAUCCAAGCAUUUCAUUGAAGACAUGUUUUUUGCAUUUAUUCAAAAUACACUCCACAUUUUUCAUUCUUUUUUUUUUCUUAUCGACAGCUACUUGACAAAACUCUCCACAGGUGAUUGCUCUACAACUAUUGCUGUUUAGGAGGCAUCAUGUUUUUCAUUUGAUCUGUACAUUACCCCAUCGUCGUCUAAUCUUAUGUGUCCUCAGGUGCUGUGGAUUUUCAUAAAAACAUCAAUGUUUCAUAAUUUGUUGUUUUCUUCCAAUUCUUAGAGCAGAACAUAUGUUGAAUCGUAUAGUCUUGCUAACACAAGGUGAACUCUCAAUCAGGAGGUUCAUCUCAUGUUGGCCAGACUGUACAUGCUUUCAUUUUAUUGUUUACAUGCAUUCUUUGCUGGAAAGAAUCAUUACCAAUAACUUAUUUUUUUUUUUUAUGAACUUUGUUAAAUGAUGGAUGAUAAUUUUGAUAUUUAGUGAAUCUAUGUACAGUAACGGAGACAAAUUUACUAUAUGUGUGUACAUACAUGAAAAAUUUUAAGAUGCCAAAAAUGAAAGGCAUAAAAGUGAUUCUGUUUUUAUUUUAUUUUUUCUUUUUGUUUCAAAGUGUUUUAAUUGUUAAAAAGAUUUUAUUAAAAUAUUAUCUGUAUAAAGGAUUUGCAUUCUUUCA